UGUUAAGUUUAGCUCCAGGCUGAUCAGCUCUGAAAUUAAAAACUCGUGAAAUAUUUAAAGGAUAACACCCAUCGAAAACUUCCUGGGACACUCACAACAACAGAAACUUCGAGAAAAAAAAAGCAAAAUGAAUUUUAGUCUUGCUCUAAUUGUGGUGGUGGGCCUUAUUGCCAGUGGCAGUGCUUUGCCGGCUAAGAAAAGAAUGAUUUACUAUCAGCAACCUGCUCAAUACUAUGCCAAUCCUCAGCGCAUGAUGUAUGUUCAGUAUGUACAACCUGCUCGUCCUUAUGCUCGAUCCACUCAAGCCGCUGAAGCUUUGGUCGCUGGUGAGACCGUAGCCACUGGCACUUAUUUGAAUGAUUGCAAUCAGGAGGAAACUGACAUUGCCGCUGCUGGUCCCGCGGUCGAUGUUGCUGUGGAGCAUGGUGAAGAUAUUCUGAGUGAAGCUGUUGCUUAUCCUGCCGCCGGUGAGGAAACCCCUACGGUUGUUGCUGUCUCCGCUGUGCCCGUUGAGACUGAUGUUGUUGCUGCCGAAGAAAAUGAAGUGACUGAUGAAUCUGCCAAGGUACCACGCGAUUAUAAUUUUGAGGCAGCUGCCUCCGCCGAUGAAGCUGCUGCUGCCGCUGCCACUGCUGAAGAGGAAGCUACUUACACUGCUGAAGCUGAACAAGCUGCUGCUGCUGAAAUUCCCACUAUUGUUGAGAUAGAAACUCCAGUAGCCGCUGAAUUGCCUGCCCCUGCGCCCUUAGCCCCCGUGGCCAAACCUGCCAGACGUUAUUUGCCCUCCAAAAAGAAGGUGUUCGUACAAUUGGACCAAUCUGCUGAGUCACAAGAAGACACAGAACUUUCGGUGGCCGAUGCCGAGGAGGAAGAAUAUAUUCCAGUUGCUCCAGUAGCCGCUCGACGCCCUGUAGCCAAAAAACCCGCCAAGGCAGCAUCUAGUUCGGGUAAACCACAAAAGCCCCUGCCUGCCGGCACCUUCUUCCCCAUUAAUUUUGGAGGUACCUCCGGUGGAGCCAUUGCUAUUGCCAAUUCUUUCAGCACUGGCGAAGGUGGUUCUGCCACCAGUCAUGCCAUUGCCUAUGGCUCACCGGAUGGAGCCCGUGUACGCAGCCGUCCCAGUAAAUUCCAUCAUUAAGGAUUAUUGUCCAGGCAUUUAGUACCGAAAUAUGCAUUUUCCAAUGAAUUUCUUUGAAGCCCAAUUAAUGCCCUCUAACUACUUGUAACUGACCCCCAUCCAUCCUUAAAGUUAUAUUUGAUUUGUUU